CGUCAGUAUCAUCUCUGAGUUUGAUCAGAACGGUUAUAAUUGUCUCUUUGUUUUUCUAAUAAUUCCUUUAAAAUGCCCGAUGCAUUCGAAAGUGCUUAUCCCCUCUCGCCACCUUUAAAUCCUAAUGAUAUACGCGCACGCGCAAACUCGUCGUCCAAACGUAAGCCGGUAGUGACGUUCUUGGCUGGCGAUGAAGCCGUAGAGAUACCCGACAAAUCGAUAGUCGGUGUCGACAAGCCGUUGUCGAAGAGUGACAGGAGCGAGGUAGAGUUGGACAGCUUUGCAGAGUCCCUGACUACAAUGCAGAGUACGUGGUUCGAUAAGAGAGAUCUUGCGCACAGAAUCUUCGUGAACAGAUCACUGCACUUGGAAAAUGUAAAGUUUUAUGGUUUUGAUAUGGAUUAUACAUUGGCCGAAUACAAAUCGCCACAAUAUGAAACGCUAGGUUUUAAUUUAACUAAAGAGAGAUUAGUUAAUUUGGGAUAUCCAAGUGAGAUUCUAGAAUUUGAAUACGAUCCUUCUUUUCCUGUCAGAGGUCUAUGGUUCGACACGUUGUAUGGCAACCUUUUAAAAGUAGACGCUUAUGGUAACAUUCUGGUCUGUGUGCAUGGAUUUGAAUUCUUGAAGCAUUCCCAAGUGUACGAGCUAUAUCCAAAUAAAUUUUUGACACUCGACGAAUCUAGAGUGUAUGUAUUGAAUACAUUGUUCAAUCUGCCAGAGACGUAUUUAAUAGCGUGUUUAAUUGAUUUCUUCACAAACUCACCACAAUAUACAAGAGAGAAGACUGGUGUAAGAUGUGGAGAUUUGGCGAUGUCUUUCAAAUCAAUAUUCCAAGAUGUCCGGAGCGCGGUAGACUACGUUCACAUACAUGGAGACCUCAAAUCAAAGACCAUAGAGAAUCUGGACCUCUACCUGAAGAAGGACGAACGUCUUCCAACCUUCCUAUCCAGGAUUACAGAAAGUGGAGCCAAGUUGUUCUUACUAACAAACAGUGACUACAACUUCACGGACAAAAUAAUGAAUUACUUGUUCGAUUUCCCGCAUGGCGCACAAGCUACUGACCCUCACAGAAACUGGAGGACGUACUUCGAUUGGAUUGUGGUGGAUGCGAAGAAGCCUCUAUUCUUUGGCGAAGGCACCACGCUGCGUCAGGUGGACACAAGGACCGGCGCCCUCAAGAUGGGAUACCACGUUGGUCCGCUGCACGAGGGUCUUGUAUACUCCGGAGGUUCAUGUGACGUAUUCACUGAGCUGAUCGGUGCUAAAGGCAAGGACGUAUUGUACAUCGGUGACCAUAUCUUCGGCGACAUCCUGAAAUCGAAGAAGAUAGGUGGCUGGCGCACCUUCCUCAUAGUUCCUGAGCUGGUGCAGGAGUUGCACGUGUGGACUGACAAGUGCCAGCUGUUCGCGCAGCUCCAGAACUUGGAUGUGCAACUGGGAGAUAUGUACAAAGACUUGGACUCGAGCACAAAAGAAAAGCCGGACAUAUCGAAGCUGCGCAGCUCGAUCCGUGACGUGACGCACAAGAUGGACCUCGCGUACGGCAUGCUCGGCUCACUAUUCCGCUCCGGAUCUAGGCAGACAUUCUUCUCCUCACAGGUGGUGAGGUACGCGGACCUGUACGCGGCCUCCUUCCUCAACUUGAUGUACUACCCGUUCUGCUACAUGUUCCGCGCGCCCGCCAUGCUCAUGCCGCACGAGAGCACCGUCGCCCACGAGCAGCGCUUCACCGUCGAUACGCCCACCAUCGACCGUUCUAGACACCCGAGCGCCCAGCGUCCCUACCCCGUGCUGGCGGAGGAGACUUCGGAAGAGAAUGAAACCCAUGAUGUUAUCGAUGUUAAGAUGCAAGCAUCAGUGCCCCACGUGAGGCCGGAGACCCCGCGACAACUGACGCACACACACGAUGAUGACUGCUCUGAUGAUGAGGACGUCUCCAAGACUACCGCCAACAAGGACGCCUAGGCAACAUCGCGGCAACACCGGGACAACGCCGGGACAUCGCACAGGGCGCAUAAGGCUGUGUAUAGUGGCAUUAUACAAACUUCCAAAUGAAAACUUAAAUAUCACUAAUAUGCUUUACCUAAUAAACCAUUUCAAUGAUUAUUUAAAUUUCUUUGGACUGUAGGUAUCCAAAAUAGAUUUGUUUUAGUAAAUGAAAAUAAUGGCCGCCAUGUAUGAAAAGUGACGUUUGUUUGUUUACUAUUUAAGGUGUUCAUUUGGAACGAGAUUGAUAUAAUGCCACGCCCUAAUAUAAUAUGUACAGUCUGCUCAAUUUACUUGUGAUGUUUUAUGCCAACAAGGGUUUGUAAAGCAAUCUAAUUUUAGAAUAUUCAAAAAUAACUUUGGUUUAAAUAAAACUACACGUAAAUGUGUACAAAUGCCACAGUCUUGGUCACCGAGCUUAAGUGUAGAUUUCUCAAAUUAAAUCUUCGCUAAACAACUUCCUUAGUGUCCAAUUAAUGACUGCAUGUGAUAGUAAAUGUUGAAAUUUCUAAUGUUUGCAUAAAAUAUGACAUUUCUAGAACGGACUAAAAUACAUCGUUGUUAGGUAUAUAAGGCCUAGAUAUAACAGUUAUAAUGUUUUUAAAACGAACCUUAUAUGGGUUUAUUAGUUGUUAUUGCUAAAAAAAAUAACUAGAACUCGUUUCCGAAGCAAAUAGGCGUAACUAUACGACUUUUGAUUCGUAAUAAAUCAGUAAUUAAGAAAUAUUUGUCACUUGCCUUCUCUGUCUACUCCCAUUUGGUUGUCAUGGUUAUAAAUUAAUAGCGUAUUAAAAUUUGAUUUUGCAUCAUAAUUCUAGCUGUUUAUCUCAAGAUUUCCGAACUCUGUUUACCCUGUAAGGGAAAGUAGUCGUAGUUACAAAAUGUUAACUAUUUGUACUGUGAAGUUACAAUAAUUCGAUAAAGUCGGUUUCCACUACUGAAAUAUUUGUACAAAAUCGGUAGUGGAAGCCUACUGUAUGUUGAAAGUUGAGUUGAUUGCUUCUUGAGGCUUUACAAUUAAUGUUUCUUGUAAACUUGCUUUUCUAAGUCAAUUAUAUUAAUGUUUAUAUUGCUUUACAAUAUUAUUUUUAAUGUUCAUUGCUUUUAAAAACCAAAUGUUUCCUAUAUACUUUGUUUUAUGUGUCUAAAUUUUAUUUUAUGUUGUAAUUUCAAGAUGGCUGAAAAAUUUGCGAUGAAAUCUCAGAAAAAUGUUGCAUUUAAGAAACUUAGCAGAUUUAAAUCUGUUUUUUUUAGUUGCGCGAAUGUUAUGAUUUAAAUUCUUAAUACGUAUGUACAUUUGUAGGUACAAAGUAUUUUUCAUGUUAGCGUUAACGAAAACUAUGUGAU